CCAACUGCCGUUAAACUUCACCAAAGAAGAAGAACAAUUACGCAUGUACUCGCUGCUGCCGAAAGAAAACAUGGCGCUCGAGGAACCUAAUGGAGAUUUUCCAUAUUUACCUUCAGGGGCGGUGGAGGUAAACAGGAUGAUAAAGGAGAAUGGUGACCUGUUUUCUGAUGCCCUGUGCAAAGUCUGCAGUGCUGUCCUGAAUUCUGACUCACAGAAACUUGCACAUUAUCAGAGCAAAAAGCAUGCCAACAAAGUCAGGCGCUACAUGAGCAUCCACAAAGAAGAGGAGCCCACCAUCAAAAGGUUCAAGUUGCCUUCGGGAGACAGCGGCAACAGUAAUGAAGAGACGGACCGCUCCAAAGCCUGUCUUAUAUGUAAUAUGACAUUUUCCUCUCCGGUGGUGGCUGAGUCCCACUACCAGGGCAAGGUGCAUACCAAGAACCUGAGACUGAAGACUUUUGGCCACCAGCCCCCAGUAGCACUACCUCAGGCCUUGGCCCCAGUAGUGAAGAAGAAGAAGACUCAGUUAGAAGAGGCGAGCAGCGUGGCAUCGUCAGGCCCUGCCGAGGACGACCAGGACCACUUCUGUUCCAUCUGCCACGCCUCAUUCAACAACCCCCUCAUGGCCAAGCAGCACUACGAAGGCAAGAAGCAUAAAAAACAGCUGACCCAGCAGAAGCUGAUGGAGACCUAUGGGCCGUCCACAGCACCAGCUUCUACAGUAAAGGGCUAUCCAUGCACUGUGUGCAACAUUGAACUCAACUCUGUGGAACAGUAUCAAGCUCACAUCAGCGGCUCCAAACAUAAGAACCAUGUCAGAGGGAAGAAAGGGAGCAACCCAACAUUUGUCAGCCCCUCUGAAAACCAGUACACAGCAGAAAACCAGCAGUCUGAGUACCGUUAUACGCCUGAAGCCGAACCUGUCCAGGAGGACUGGGGCGCUUUCAACCAGGACUACGAGUGAAGAGACUCCCAGUACCCCCACCUCUCUCCAACUACCACAGUUCACCAGCUACUGGUGUCCCUCAGUUAGGGCCAGGAGGAUUUCCUGACCACAUCACCUGACCAGGAAAAAUUCUUUGUUAUAGGCUACAACUACGCCCCAGAGUUUUCCCUGUUCAUGUCACAUGGUCAUGUAAAAUCCCUGGAAAGAGAGUGUGUCCUCCCUUCUUCUCUCUGUGGUGUCGUAUCUGCCUCAUAGGUGAAUCCUAUCUAUCUACUCCAGUUCUACUUCAUUCUAUCUGUACUCAGAGACGGUCAGUCUCCCAGUACAUGUGUUGGUUGUGUUCUCAGUCGGUCAGACCAGAGAGGUAUAGAGACACUUGGACAUGUUGUCUAUUAUUCCUGUUCAAAAUGUCAAAUUUCAAAUUCCGACAUAAUACAGUACAAUGAUAUGACGUUGGUGUGAUGGACUUGCAGUAGUGUUCUGGUUCUAUUUUUAUAGAACCCCCCCCUCCCUCCCUUCUAGAGUUUUGUCCAACACCUACAGUGGGGCAAAAAAGUAUUUAGUCAGCCACCAAUUGUGCAAG